AUGGUGGACUUCGUCAAUGGCGUUGAUGGAGAGCAGGGAAGCAGGGGAGAGGCAUGGACACUUGGAAUGCUGAUCAUAUCCGCAUGCUCAUUCUCUGCCCCAUUGGGCAUGCUGAUAUUGCCUUGUCUGAGUAAGGCACUUUAUGAAAGGAUCAUGAUUUUUCUCAUCGCUCUCGGUAUCGGUGCACUCAGUGGCUCCUCGAUGUUCAUUAUGUUACCGCAGGCCUUUCACCUCACCCAGCUCAACGACUUCAAUUAUCACUCCAAAUCGAUGAUUGUCGUAGGAGCAUUGUACGUCUUCUUUUCUGUUGACAGGAUAUUACAGUAUGGGCUGGAGCUACGAAGGAACCAGGAUCACUUCCUCGAUGUCGUUCACAGCGAUGUCUCACGGGCUAUUUCUGGAUCGAAACGACCAUCAUUGGCUGACCCUCCAAUACCUCUGCGCAGUAAGAAAAGCGAUGACGAAGUGUCGGUGUCGGUGAAAAUUGUCGAGAAGCACGUCAUUGAUCCCUCAACAAUAGAGGUUGCCAGUGUUGCUUACAUGAUCAUCUUCGGUUCGAGUGCCAACAACUUUGUCGAUGGAAUGAGCAUGGGUGCUGCCUUUUCGGACAGCCUUCUUCGUGGCCUCAGUAUUGGAGCGGCCGUCGUAUCACAACAGUUCCCACAAGAGCUAGGUACGCUUGCCAUUUUGAUCAAUUCUGGGCUAGGCUUUCGACGGACAAUGCUGUACAAUAUGAUCCCGAUUCUGCUCAGCUAUUUUGGCUUCAUCUGUGGUGUACUGUUGGAUAAUGUCGAUGAAGAUUACGACGAAUUCAUCUUCUCAAUAUCAUCUGGGAUGUACUUAUACAUCUUUCUCGGCACGCUGGUAAUCCUUAUGAUCGUUUCAAUGCUAAUACCCGAAAUUCGCGAAGGAUGUAAUGAGCUGAUGAAAGUCAAUAUGAGGGAGAGUCUUCUCGUUACGUUACUACAAUACCUCGGGAUUACAAGCGGCAUUUGCUUCAUGUACUAUAUGAGUACGGUUGGCGAAGUGGAACUCUAA